UCAUCAGUCCCAAUUAGUUGAUAAGACUUUUCUUAGCUUAGAAAAACAUAUGUAAACGCCACAACCGUAGUAAAAUAAUUAUGUAUGGCGGGAAAGUUGCGUAAUGUCUCGUGAGUUUAUAUUUGACAUUUGAAAAUAUAAAAGCAUGCUCUAAGUUGCCUGAAACUAAAUAUUAAAAGAAAAGUCAAGUAAUCAUGAGACCCUACCAGAGAGGCAGAGGGCGUGCCCGUAGUAAGUUUGGCGGCAACAGUUUCAGAGGACGUGGCAGAGCAAAGACUAGAGAAGCUCAGAGAGAUAGACCAGGAUGGAAUACUGAUGAUAUAGGGUUUAAGGAUACACAAGAAAUAUUUGAUAAAAGUCACUUUAGAAAUUCCCCACGAUCAAAUCUGUAUGAAACGUCAGAUGAAACAAGCUAUUGCCAUAGGAAUUUUGAGGAAAAUUCAGGUAGUCUGGAGCAAUGUUAUGAUAGAGAUGAUUAUAGUAUUGUAGGUAGGGAAAGGCAUGCUAGUGAUACAUUUGAAUAUUUAGAUAGGGGUCGUUACAGCAGAGAUAAUGCUGAAUUUGCUGACAAAGAAUAUGAUCGGUAUUAUGAGAGAGACAAUAUAAAUGAACGUAGAGAUAGAGACGUUAACUUUGCUGAAGGUGAUAGAGGCAGUUGUAGCCGAGACAAUGAUAUUUAUGAAAACAGAACUUAUAAUAAAGAUUUAAGAGACCCAUAUGAUGCCAGAAGUUAUGAUAUGGGAGAUAACUUUGAAUUUCAGCAUAGCAAUGAUUAUGAUCGAAGGGAUUUACAUGAUUAUCAUAACAGAGAAACAGAUGACAAUGAAUGUCAGUACUAUAAUGAGACAAGAGUGCAUGAUGCUAGAGAUAGAAGAAGGAAUUUUAAAAGAGCAGGAUAUGAGGACCUCCAUUUCAGUAAUCCAAAACAAGAAAGAUACAAAGACAGAAACUGGAAUAAAAGGAAUUUUUCUGAAGAUAAAAAUGAGAGAACUGAUACUUAUAAACCUUUAGAAGAAAGUGUUGUAAGCUCUCAAUCAAACCAAAGUAGUUAUGAUUGGCCAACAAAUGAAUCUGGUAUUAAAAUGGCUAUAGAAUUCUUGAAAAAUAAACCUACUGAUGUUUGCUCUGAAAGUAAAGAAGAAGAGUCAGUUAUAGAUCCAGAUUUUGCGGAAGAACUGAAAAAUUUGCCUGUAAUUAAACCAGAGUUGUUAGGAAAAGAGGCAGUUGAAGAUUUAAUAUCUGACUUACUAAAUUUACUGCUAAAAAACGGUGGAGAAUAUACAGUAGCAGGUUUAGAAAAAGAAUUUGUAAGUACUGUCAAGCAUCGAUUUAAAGAUGAUAAAGUUUUGAAACCUUUUUUACAGAAAUACCCAAAAGUGUUUGAAUUUGAUACGGAAAUUGCAAAUAAUGAAGAGGGUGGAUUGAGCACUGAGGGAACUGAAUUAGUUCGUGCAAAAUCAGAUGUGAAACUGUGCCAGGCUCAUUCAAAUCAUCCAAAAUCUUGCCAGGGUGACUGUGAUGCACUUCAUAUUUGUAAAUUCUAUGUUCUGAGUUCUUGUGACAUGAUGAGAUGUAAGUUUGGACACAACUUGAGUGAUGAUCACAAUAUAGAGGUACAACAAAAAUUUUACCUUCAUAGAGUAGAAUUACCAAACUUGUGUCUUUUACUCCAACAUGAUGCAAACAGAUGCAGGGUGACUGUCCCUAUUAUAUGUCAUUUCUACAACAGUUUAAAAGGGUGUAGGACCAAAGAGAAAGUAGGAAAUCAACAACAGCAGCAAAAAUGUCCAUUCCUUCAUAUUUGUCGCAGUUUUGUUGAAGGUCGUUGUAAUAUAUGGUCCUCAUGUCGUCGAAAUCAUAGUUUACUACAGGGAAAUGUGUAUGAAAUCCUUUGCAAAUAUGGUUUAGAUCCAAGAGUUUUAGUUGAUGGAUUGACCAGAGUUUUAGCAUUAUUGAAAUGGUCAUUAAAUGAUUUUAAAGAUGAACUUGUAAAGACUGGAAGAAAGUGCUCGUCAAAUCGAUUGGGGAUGGAUGAUGAAAAACCUGACCAUACGAAAGAAAGGCUGAAAAGAAAGGUACAAGUUGGUGGUGAUGAUGUUAUUUCAGUCAAAAUUCAGAAAGUAAUGGAUACAAGCCUGAGUUCAAUAUCAAGUGAGACCAAUUCACAGGAAACAAGUAUAGAUGAGAAGAGAAAUGUGUGUAUGGCAGCAAAAGAUUUGAUAGAGGAUACAGCAUUGAAAUUAGAAAAGGAUGGUGCUACUUCUGCAGGAAAACAAUAUAAUCCUAAGAAAAAUUCAAAAUCUUCUGCAGUUUUGAAUAAUGAGACAGCAACCAAUAAGGUUCAAAGAAAGGAUGAGGCCACCACCAAUCAGCUAUCAUUAAAGAGCGAGACUACAACCAAGCAGGUACCAGAUAAUGAUGAUAAUGCAACUAAUCAGAUUCCAUGCUGGUCUAUUGCUGACAACAAUAAAUGGACAGAAAUUUCACAGAAUACCAUCAAAGAUUUGGAAACUAGAUAUCAAAACUUUCUGGCAGCAAAAACAGCAACAGUGCUAGUUGAUGGAAAAUACUUUACAGUUGAUUUUAACAAACUAUCAGGCUGCUAUUCUGGAAGUGCGGCUAUUGUCAAACUAAAAAGAGCAAUGGUAGAAGAGCCAAAUAAACCAUAGUUUAUUGAAGAAGAAUUUAAAGAAAAAUUAUUAAAUAAUUGAAAGAAGUACAUGUAAAUGAGAAAUCCUGGAAUAAAGUGACAUUGGAACAAAUGGUUAUACCUUCUACAAAGAAAGGAUACAUACAGAAUUCAAGAUUGUCUAACUCCAAAAAGGAAAGUAUUUUAAAAAUGUACUUAAUGAAUAUGAAAUAUAGUAUAGUAUUAAGAAAUUACCAGAACAGUAUUACAAAACAUUGCCAAAGGUAUAAUAUUAGGUUUGAAAUAUUUCAUUUGUUUAUCUUGUCAUCAUCAACACUAUCUGCUGUUAGGAAUGAAUUCUGAAUUGAGAAAAGUUUGAUUUUGAAGUAAAUUUGUGGGGAUCAACUUCUGUCCCUGAUCUAACAACAAUAAUGACCUUCCAAAGAAUCCAGGACAGAAAAAAAAGCUAUUUCAGCAGUGUAAUUAUAUUUCAAGGAAAAUAUGUUUAUCAUGUUUAUAUUGUAAAAAAACGUGUGUGUAUAUAUACUUGCACUCAUGCAAAGAACCUUUAUGUGAAGGAAUAUCAACAAAUUAUAUUAAAGAUAUUUUUUGAUUGGCAUCCAAUUGCUAUCCAAAAACAAAUGUGCUGCGAAAAAAAAUGUCAUGAUAACCCUAAAGAAGAUAAUGUGCUUUAGAAGAAGUAGGAAUUGAAAAUCAUGCUUUAUUACUAAAAAAAUGUUUGCAAUGAACAUAAAUUCAUUGGAGAAAACGGCAUUGUUCAUUGCACUGUUCAGUACAAUAUCAUAUAAUAGUAAAAAUUGUGAUGUCUAUGUGGAUUCAAAAAUAAAUGCUCUUCAGUGCCUUCCUUUGGUCUAAAAUAUAAAUGGCUCUAACAAUGGAGAUAAACACUAUAACAAGUGUGAAAAAGCUGCCUAUUCUGUGGAAAAAUGAUAAGUGAACAUUCGUAAACUGAGAGGAGGAAGGUGAAAGAAAAAUUACAGUAAUAUUAGAAAAAUCCAAUCGCUGAUAUUUAGUAACUGUUUCUCAAUUUUACAAAGUAUACAUAUUAUAUACUUGUGUAUUUAUGUACAUUAUUUGUAAAUAAAUUUCUGAAAAUAAAAAAAAUAACUUGAUACAACAUUAUGUAGACACUAAAAAGCAUACAGAAAAAUGUAUGUCAUGGAGGAUUCAAAGCACAAUCAAAUGUAUACAAAGAUAGAAAAGAAAAUGAAGGAGUGAAACAAGAUUCUUGACCAAUAACAAUUAAAUGUGUCUGCAAGGCAGGUGUUUAAUAGAUUUUUUAAAGUGAUGUAUGUUCAGGAUGUUGAAAUUGAAAAAAAGGAAUGAUGCAUCGAGUGUAAAAUAAUGCUUUGGUGAAAAAGACAUGGAAACCAGAUGCAUUGGAAUAUAUAUAUGGUAAAAUUGGAACGGAGGACAAAAAGAAGUCUUAAAAUUAUUAUAUUGAAUGAAAAACUGAUGUGUUCCAAAUUUAAAACGCUAUGUAAAACACAAGGAAAUAAUAUAGUAGAGGGAGAAAGAAAUAUUUUACAUUGGAUAUAAAAUGUCUGAUUGUGUCUAAUUAACUAAUGAUGCACAGAAAGUUGUUAAACAUUUUUUUUGUAAGAAACUAUUUUUAUACCAGUUUGACACUUUCAUCAAAAAGAACAAGUUGACAUUUAAGGUUAUUUACCAAUUUUCUAUUUCCUGAGAUUUUACUAUAUUUGAAUGUUAAAAGUCAUUUUUUUGUGUAAUUUUUUUAAUACAACUUGAAAUCCACCAUUAUUGAUCAAUCCUCUG